UUACGGCUUGAUCUUUUUUUUUUCCUGGUCACAGGUGUUUCACAAGUUUAUACUUUUAAACAGGUUCCUGCAUGACAAGGUUAAGCCACAUAUUGCACCGGGAUAUACAUGCAAGCAAUGUACUACUUGAUGAAGAGUUUGGAGCCCAUCUGAUGGGGGUUGGUCUUUCAAAAUUUGUUCCAUGGGAAGUAAUGCAUGAGAGGACUGUGAUGACUGGUGGAACCUAUGGAUAUCUUGCCCCUGAGUUUGUAUAUAGGAAUGAGCUCACAACAAAGAGUGAUGUCUAUAGCUUUGGAGUGCUGCUGCUUGAAAUAGUAAGUGGGCGUUGGCCUGCUCAGCAAGUUAUUUCAGUGGGUUGGCAGAGUAUAUUUGAGUGGGCAACGCCUUUAGUGCAGGCAUAUCGCUACCCAGUGCUCUUGGAUCCUCUCAUAUCUUCAUCAACAUCUGAUGUUCCAGAGGCCGGUGAUAUUCAGAAAGUGGUGGACCUUGUGUCUGCUUGCACACAAAAUGUCCCUUCUAUGCGGCCUAGGAUGUCUCAUGUUGUUCAUCAAUUGCAACAGUUGGCGCAGCCAGCUGUCACCAAGUAACUUAGG